AUGGACGACGAUCAGCCCUUGGACACGUUCAACCCUGAACCCUAUUCCUUUGUCAUCACGGAACGACGGCGCAAGAAGCCCAGAAAACGCGUAAUUUAAACUUUUAAAUUCAAAAUUUUAAGUUAUGAAAUUAGUUUUGACAUUAACAUAUUGCUUUUGAGAACGAAACUACUCAUAAUAAGUAAGAAUAAGUUGAUAUUGCAGUAAGAAUUACAGAAUCAUGGUUUUUUCCGCCAAGCUGUGCCAUGUUUACCUUUUCCGCUGGCCGUCGUAUGUUGUACUCUAAACGUUAUUUUUCCCGGUUUCGGUGAGUUUACGCGGCUAAUUGACUAAAGUGCUAGUUGUUUUCAUAAACGAGUAUUUACUGUUUGAACAUACGAAAUUUUAAACAUAGAUAACAACAAGAUAAUACAAUUAUGAUCAAAAUGUAAUUAUGUGAGCACCAAUAACAAUUAUUAACUUUUUGCAAACUUCAAAACAACCUUGAAACUUUUAAUACAGUACUGUAAUACAAUAUAGUUUAAAAAUAUACUUUUGUUAGUAGUACACGUUAGUACAUUUAGGUACGAUAUUCGCUGGCUGUAUGGUAUGUUGUUGUGGGUCUUUUGAAUCUCCCAAUCCUCGUUGUAUCGUGUUUUGCUCAAACUUUUAUUGUGGUAUCUUGCAGCUGUUACUGUCGCCACUAAUUAUUGGAUAUGUUUGGUAUGUUACUAUGCUUAUUGCUGAAGUUAUUUUAUCUUUUAGUUUUUGAUUUCUUAAUCUAUUAUGUAGCCACAAUGAUGCUCAACGUGAUGUUAUGUAAAAUAAAAGAAAAAUGUCUAUUAUAGCCAUGUUAUGCUAUUACUCCGUAUUGCAUAAAGUAAUUACAGUUCUAAUUAAGACUAUGACUUACUAUUAACGAGAUAUAACCGUAUACAGGUCGAUCAUGUGGGGCGUCUUGUUCAUCCAGAUCUCGCGGCGCUGGUGGAUCUCCAGAUUAGAAGAUCGUGAGAAUCUGAUCGAGAAUUGCCCCUGCUCAUCGUGGUAA